AUGAAUAACAUUCAGGAGCUGGCAAGCGCCAUGUCUGGGCUCUGCUCAGAACAAGAUGCUUGGGCGCAUUUUCAUAAGGGAACUCUGGUCCAUCUACAUGAGACGGCCGCUCGGACCCAUAGCCAUUUACGAAGCGGUAGGGCUGCAGGAAGAUUACUCACUUCUUCCUUGUCUGUUGCAGAGCCCAAUGCUUCCUUGGCCACGGUGGCUCUGCAAGGUCUCACACCCAUCCGACUCAGGGAGUUAAAGGUCGGUCAUACCCAUCAUGGCCGGGUCCUCUUCGGCACCCUCUGUGUAAACCCCUUCAAAAUCAAUGGCAUCAUGACCGUGCUCGAGGACGACCAAGGCCUUGCGGUUAGAGUGGGCAUCUAUAAUUCAAUGUCAACCCCUUCGGCGCUGAGAGCUAAAUACUCCAAAGGAGCCAAGGUUGCGAUCAAAGAGCCCUACUUCAAGCAGACCCUGGACGGAAGCGUCGCUAUUAGGGUAGAAAACCCAGCCAAUGUAGUGAGGAUGGCGGAAGUUCCAGGUGAAAAUCAGUCUCCGUCCAUGGUUGUGGAGGAGGAGCCUCGCCAGGGCAAUGGUGUCGACAAGGGUAGAAAAGUGCGGCUGCUCACGGUUUUCAAUCGAGCGGAGACGCACUUCCAGAUGGGUGAUUUCGAGCGGGCGUUGGAGGUCUGCAACGAGGGUCUUGAGAUCGAUCCUGAGAAUCUUAAGAUAAUUUUCUUAAAAGGCCGUGCUCUGCACAGCCUCAAAAGUUAUGACCAGGCAUGCCAGGUUCUGCAAAUGGCCGUCGAGCUUAGCCUUGGGCAAGUAGAUAUUGAAGAUGCUCUGCGACGGUCGAAGGCCGCUUGUGCUCGGAGCCAACACAGGGAGUACGACAUUUCAGAGUUUUUGCUCGGAAAGCAGCCGCCUCCAGAGGUUGAGGACUUCGUUGGGGAUGUGGAGAUUAAGAAGACCAGGGGUCGCAGGGGUCGCGGGCUCUUCGCUACGAAAGACAUUGACGUCGGCGAGCUUUUAUUGGUGAGCAACGCAGCUUUCAUUGUCAAUGGCGGGGUAAGAGGUCUUGAGAUCGAUCAGAGCCACGAAAUAAAGGGCUCUUUGCAGGAAGAUCUUGUAGACGCCGUUUCUAACGCUGCCAAUAAAUCUCAGAAACUGCGCCAGCAGCUUUAUGAGCUUGACGAUGGCUCUGUACACGUUCGCUCUUCAUUGCCGGCCAUGGAUUCGUUUCAUACAAGCCGCCGAGUAACAGCAGAGGUGCUGCCCCAACCCAAUCUUCAGCGGAUCAGAGACAUCGUUUCCCGAAACUCAUUCGGCGGGGAGUUCCAGACAUUUGGAGAGGAGCGCCGAGAAGAUGAAGAGUCGUUGGGUUUUAGCGGGCUGUGGAUGCUGCCAUCGUUUAUCAAUCACUCAUGCCUCCCCAACGCAACCAGAUUGAAUGUAGGAAGCGCAAUGUUCUUGCAUGCGGCAAAGCCCAUCAAGAAGAGAGAAGAAAUCACCAUCUCUUACUUCGACGCUCUGCUUCCCCAACCGCAGAGAGAGGGCUUUUGUGGGGUCUGGGGUUUCAAAUGUAACUGCAAACGUUGUAGUGUGGAGAAGUCCAUCAGCACUGCUCUAGAGAGCUUGAAUGCACAGUUUGAGGCUUUGCACCAUGACGCCCUUGAGGAAACCAACGCCGUAAGAUCUGCAGGACAAGACUUUCCCGCGGAGCUUCCCAAGUCUGCGGAAUUUGCCCAGGUCUCUAAAGAAUUGGAGCAAAUACUGGCUAAGUUCCCUAGAAUGAAGGACGAAGAAAAGAAUUGGGUUCGGGCGUCCUAUGUGACUGCAUAUUGGGCUGGAAUGCAGUGGGACAAGUUAUAUUCCGUGGAUGAAAUAGUGAAGGCCGUUGUAAGUACCGUGCCAGGGGACUUCCGAGCCCUUGCCAUGGUGGCCCAGCAGCUGGAAGGGUUAAAGCACCAGAUUGGUAGUGAAGGAUCGGCUGUAGAGUAUUGUGCGGCACAAGCUAGAGAUAUAUGUGUUCGAGUGUUGGGUACACAUAGUGAGCACAUUAUUCAGGCACUUAUUUCUCGCCAUGCAAAGUCUACAAUCUUUUAA